AUCACAUCAGAGGGUAAAACCCUCUCAUCCAAACGAAUUGAAGCUAUUCAAACUAUCCCAAAGCCAGAAACAAAGAAACAAGUCAUGAGUUUUUUAGGGAUGACUUCGUAUUGUCGGCAAUGGAUUCCACAUUAUGCUGAAAUAGAGGCACCACUAUCAGCAAUUGUGUAUGGAAAAGGCCUCACUGCAAAUAACAGAGUCACCUGGACAACUGAAGCUGAGAAAGCUUUUGUUGAUUUGAAGUUAGCUAUGCAAUCUCCUCCGACAUUAGGACUACCAGACUGUACCAGGCGCUUUACACAGACUGUGGAUGAAAGAGGCGGGUAUAUGACAUCUGUGCUGCUGCAGGACCAUGGGGGACGACUGAGACCGGUAGCUUAUUUUUCCUCACGACUUGACUCUGUGGCAGCAGGACUCCCAACUUGUCUUAGGGCUGUAGCAGCUGCUGAGAAAGCUGUGAUUGCAUCACGUGAUGUUGUGGGUUAUGCUGAUUUGACGUUACUGGUGCCACAUGCUGUUUCAAUGAUUUUGCUUGAACAAAAAACUUCUCACCUUUCAACAGCUAGAUGGCUCAGAUAUAAUACAGUGUUACUUGAAAUGCCAAACAUCACUAUUAAGAGGUGCACUGUUCUUAACCCCGCUACUCUCCUCCCUACACCAGGUGAUGGAGAGCCACAUGAUUGUGUUGCAGUAAUAACUGAAAUUUGUUCUCCCAGACCAGAUUUACAGGAUGUACCACUGGUGAAUGCAGACAUGGAGCUGUUUGUGGACGGCUCAGCAUCAAGGGAUCCAGCAACUAGUAGAAACCAAGUGGGUUUUGCAGUAACAACUUUGUAUGAUACAAUCAUAGCUGAACCACUCCCAUCACAGUAUUCUGCACAAGCUGCAGAAUUAGUUGCAUUGACUGAAGCAUGCAAAUAUGCAAGAGACAAGAGUGUCAACAUCUUCACUGAUAGUAGAUACGCAUGGGGUGUGGCACAUGAUUUUGGCAGACUUUGGGCUAAUAGAAAGUUUUUAACCUCUACAGGUAAACCCAUUACACACCAUACCCUGGUUGCUGCUCUUCUUGAUGCUGUGUUGCUACCUAAACUGAUUGCAAUCUGUAAAUGUGAAGCGCAUACUAGGGAACUUGACUCAGUUUCACGGGGAAAUGCAAGAGCAGAUAUUGCUGCAAAGGCUGCAGCGAAACGUAGCCUGCCAGUUAAUGAUGCUUUUGUUUUGGAUGUGCCCGUGACACCUAAUGCUGAUUUACAGGAGCUGCAAGCGAGGGCAACACCAGAGGAGAAGGUUGUUUGGAAGAAAGCAGGCUGUUCUGUUACUGACGGAAUUUGGUGUGGGCCAGAUGGAAAACCUUGUUUACCUAAAUAUCUGUUUCCUUAUUAUGCUAAGUUGAUACACGGUAAAGACCAUGUGUCAAAGGGGGGAAUGCAAGCAGAUAUACAGAAGUAUUGGUUUACAAAAGGAUUUUCAAACUACUCAAAAAAAUUCUGUCAGAAAUGUGUAAUUUGUGCUACGAAUAAUAUUGGUAGAGGAAUCCAUACUGCACAAAGUGCACAUCCAGCACCAAACGAACCAUUUGAUCAUUUACAGAUGGAUUUUAUUGAACUAACACCAAGCGAGGGAAAGAAGUACUGUCUUGUUGUGGUUGACAUGUUUUCCAAAUGGGUAGAGGCUUUUCCCUCAUCGAAACAGGAUUCUUCAGCAGUGGCAAAGGCACUUCUGGGGGAAUUCAUUCCUCGGUGGGGAAUCCCAAGAAAGAUAUCCAGUGAUAAUGGUACUCCAUUUGUAAGCGCAGCUUUAAAGAGUGUUGGUGAGUAUUUGGGUAUCGAUAUGCGACAACAUUGUGCUUACCAUCCUGCUAGUGGAGGAGCAGUGGAAAGAGAAAACGGCACAUUGAAAAACAAACUGGUCAAAUGCUGUGAGGAAACAGGGCUGACAUGGACAAAGGCAUUACCUAUUGUUUUAAUGUACAUGAGAUCUAGAGUGAGAAGUAAGAAUGGUUUGAGUCCUUAUGAGAUUCUCUUUUCACGUCCAAUGGAGACAGGAAUUGGUCCUGUUAAAAGGCAGCUUCCUCAGACCAGUCAAUGUGAAGAUGAAAUGUUGCGAUAUUGUGUAAAUCUUUCCUCUGUUCUCCUUGAUAUCCACAGGCAGGUGAAAGACGCCCUACCAAAAUCCAUAGACGGUGAACUGCAUGAUUUGAAACCAGGAGACUGGAUUGUGGUGAAGGACCUGAGGAGGAAAAGCUGGAGAGCACGCCGGUGGAACGGGCCCUAUCAAGUUCUUCUCACCACGCAGACGGCAGUGAAGGUCGCAGAGAGGGCAACCUGGGUACAUGCAAGCCAUUGCAAGAGGGUACCUGAGCCAGGAGAGGAUUCUUCAGGACAGAACGUGCGUUGA